AUGCCGUCAUUCCAGGCCGUCUCGAUCCUCGACAGGGACUUGGUCUCCCGUCCCAUCUUCAUUGCCCUAUUCACCAUCCCUUUCGCCUUGUACUGGCUGUAUCAAUGGCUCCUCCCAAAGCCAGUCCCAGGCAUCGCCUACAACCCGGAGGCGACCAAGUCCCUCCUGGGUGACAUACCCAGUAUGAUCAAGGAAGUCAGCGUGACGGGCGAGUUCCGCGUGUGGUGCGCCAAGCAGGUCAAGCGCAUGAACUCGCCCAUCUGCCAGGUCUUUAUCCGGCCCUUUGGCAAGCCCUGGAUCCUGCUGGCCGACUACCGCGAGUCCAAGGACAUCCUGAUGCGCCGCAAGGAGUUUGACAAGUCAUCUUUUCUGUCGGACGGCAUGGCCUGCGUGGGCGAGUUCCAUGGCAUCUACAAGACGGGCGACAAGUUCAAGUCGAACCGCCAGCUCAUCCAGGACCUCAUGACCACCACCUUUCUGGACGGGCAUGUGGGGCCGGCAGUCUACAACAAGGGGCUGGAGCUGCUGCGGUUGUUUGAGAUGAAGAUGCGGCUGGCAAAAGGGCGGCCGUUUAGCGUCAAGAAGGACUUUGAGUAUGCCUCGCUCGAUGUGAUGCUCGAGUUUGCCUUUGGCAAGAACUGGGAGCACACAGCAUUGGGCAGGGAGAUCGAGGUCAUAAGCGGUCUAUCUGCGUCGGAUAUCGAACUCGGUGGCCUAGACCAGCCCGUCACCUUUCCCGUCCCCGAGGUCGAGGGUUUUUUGAAAUCGGUCUACGAGGUACCAGAAAUCGUGGAAAAGACCAUCAACGCCAUCAUGCCCAAGCUGCAGACGUGGUGGUGGUCCAAGCAGUCGUGGUACAAGAAGAUCUUCGACGACAAGGAGCGCGCCAUGAAAGAACAGGUCGCCAUUGGCGUCAAGAACUUCCUCGCCGGCCAUGUUGAGACGGGCGUCGAGCACAUGCUGAUGCGGGAAGCUGCGCGAGCCGAGAAGGAAGGCCGCAAGCCCGACUUUGACAGCAAAGUCUUCCGAGACGAGCUCUUCGGCGACAUAAUCGGCGGGCACCACACCACCAGCGGCGCCAUGAUGUGGCUGACCAAAUACCUCACCGACCUGCCACACAUCCAAACCAAGCUGCGCUCAGUCCUCUACUCGACCCUGUCCACCGCGCGCAACGAAAACCGUCUCUUCACCUUUGAAGAAAUCCGCCACGCCAAGCUACCCUACCUGGACGCCGUCCUCGAGGAAAUGCUCCGCAUCAACGCCGUGCCCGUCACGCGCGAGGCUUUGUGUGAUACGACCAUUCUCGGCUGCCCCAUCAAGAAGGGCACGCAGGUGUUUUUCAUGUCCAACGGGCCCGGGUUUCUGUCGCCAUCUUUGCCCGUGGAUGAUUCUAAGAGAAGUGAGUCUUCACGGAACGCCAAGAUGAAUGCCCAUUGGGACGAAUCGGGGGAUUUGUCUGUUUUUGAGCCCGAGAGGUGGUUGGUGCGUAAGAGGGAGGGGAAGGGGUUGCUGGCUGAGGAUGUGGAUUUUGAUGGAGCAGCGGGGCCGCAGUUGGUAUUUGGUGCCGGACCAAGGCAGUGUUGGGGACGGAGGCUGGCGCAUAUGGAGAUGAGGACUAUCAUUGCUAUGCUGGUGUGGGAGUUUGAGUUUGAAAGGACCCCGCCGGCGCUGUCGAGCCAUGCGGGACUCGAGGGCAUUGCAAGGGUUCCGCAGCAGUGCUAUGUCAGAAUCAAGAAGGUGCAGUGA